AUGGCGUCUCUGUACUGCAGAGGCUCGUCGUCGUGGUCGUCGCUCUCCCGAGUCCUGCAUUCGCGUGCCUCGUCGCCUCGUAUCUUGCCCGCCGCCGGGAUUGGCGGCGCUCAGCGCUCGCGGCGGCAGUUUCACGCCUCGCCGGCGGCGUGGGGGAUUCGGUCGCAGGUGCUGAAGGACGUUGGCGAAGGUAUCACCGAAGUGCAGAUUAUCCAGUGGUAUGUGCAGGAGGGCGCGCGGAUAGAGGAGUGGAAGCCGCUGUGCCAGUACCAGUCGGACAAGGCGGUGGACGAUAUCACAUCGCGGUACGAUGGUGUUAUCAAGAAACUCCAUUUCCAAACAGAUGACACGGUCCCAACAGGCAUGGCUCUCUGCGAUAUAGAAGUCGACGACGCCAAAUACCCCGACUCGCACGCGCCGGCGCCACCAGCAGCCGCACCGGAACCAUCCACCACCACCACGACCACGUCAGCGCCGGCAGUGGUCGCACAGCAGGAGGCGGCGAGCACGAGCACGAGUGCCCCCGCGGUACCGACGUCGAAGUACGCGUCGUUUGCGACGCCGGCGGUCCGUGGGCUGCUCAAGGAGCACGGGCUGGACAUCACGAAGAUCACGGGCACGGGCAAGGAUGGACGGGUGAUGAAGGAGGAUGUGUUCCGGUACCUCGAGGAGGGCGGCGAGUCGGCGACAGCCACUGGUGCACCAGCAACAGCAGCAGCAGCAGCGUCUACGGAUAGCUCGGUCACAGCAGCGCAGGUGGAAACGCCGGCGGCACUGACACCAAUCCAGGCGCAGAUGUUCAAGACGAUGACCAAGUCGCUGAGCAUCCCGCACUUCCUGUACGCAGACGAGCUCAGCAUCGCGGCGCUGGCGGCGGUGCGGCAGAAGAUCGUGACGACGUCGUCGUCGUCGUCGUCCGGCGAGCCGGCGCCGAAGAUCUCGUACCUACCGUUCAUCAUCAAGGCGGUGUCGCUGGCACUGCACGAGUUCCCACUACUCAACGCACGCGUGGACACGGCCAGCAACGCAGCCAAGCCGGGACUAGUGCUGCGGGCGGGCCACAACGUCGGGGUGGCGAUGGACACGCCAACGGGCUUGCUGGUGCCCAACAUCAAGAACGUGCAGGCGCGCACGAUCGCGGACAUCGCGGCGGAGCUGGGGCGGCUGGCGGGGGUGGCGCGGGCGGGCAAGCUGACGGCGGGCGACCUCAGCGGCGGCACGAUCACGGUGUCGAACAUCGGCAGCAUCGGCGGCACGUACGUGGCGCCGGUGCUGGUGCCGACGGAGGUGGCGAUCCUGGGCGUGGGCAAGGCGCGCGCGGUGCCGGUGUUCGACGCGGCGGGCGCGGUGGUGCGCGACCAGCGCGUGACGUUCAGCUGGAGCGCGGAUCACCGCGUGGUGGACGGGGCCACGAUGGCGCGCAUGGCCGAGCGCGUGCGGGCGUUCGUGGAGGCGCCGGAGACGAUGAUGCUGGCGCUGCGGUAG